CCGAGCCAAGGCAGCGGCUGGUGCUUACCGGGCGAGCCCCGCUGGAGAGCAGCUGAGCUGCCAUGGAGCAGCGCGGGCUGGGGAGGCUGAGGCUCCCCGGGCUGCUGGCACUGCUGGCGGCCCUGGCGGCGCUGGCGGCGCGGAGCCCGCGCGUUUCUGCUUCGCGAGACCUGAGUCUUUGGCCCCUGCCUGUCUCUGUGCGGACGACCCCGCGCUUGCUGUACCUCUCGCCCGGAAACUUCUUCUUCGGGCACAGCCCCUCUUCCAAGGCCGGCCCCUCCUGCGCCGUCCUGCAGGAAGCGUUUCGGCGAUAUUAUGCCUAUAUUUUUGGUUUCUACAAGUGGCAUCAUGGCUAUAAUAAAAUUCCAAGUGAAAUGGAGUUACAGAAACUUGAAGUCUCAGUCAUCAUGGACCCAGAGUGUGACAGUUUUCCCAGCAUCACUUCGGAUGAGUCUUAUAAUUUGCUUGUGCAAGGACCAGUGGCUACGCUCACUGCCAACAGAGUUUGGGGAGUAUUAAGAGGUUUAGAGACCUUUAGCCAGUUGAUUUAUCAAGAUUCUCAUGGGGCUUUCACUGCCAAUGAAUCCAACAUUGUAGAUUCUCCCAGGUUUCCUCAUAGAGGAAUUUUAAUCGAUACAUCUAGGCACUUUCUGCCUGUUAAGACUAUUUUGAAAACUCUGGAUGCCAUGGCUUUUAAUAAGUUUAAUGUUCUCCACUGGCACAUAGUGGAUGACCAGUCUUUCCCUUAUCAGAGCAUCACUUUUCCUGAAUUAAGCAAUAAAGGAAGCUAUUCUUUGUCUCAUGUUUAUACACCAAACGAUGUCCGUACAGUGAUUGAAUAUGCCCGAUUCCGAGGGAUUCGCGUCCUGCCAGAAUUUGAUAGCCCUGGACAUACGGCAUCUUGGGGAAAAGGCCAGAAAGACAUCCUGACUCCAUGUUAUCACGCAAGCGAGCCAUCUGGGACUUUCGGACCUAUAAACCCUAUAUUGAAUUCAACUUACAGCUUCCUGUCUAAACUUUUCAAAGAAAUUAGUACUGUGUUUCCAGAUGAAUUCAUUCAUCUGGGAGGAGAUGAAGUAGAUUUUAAUUGUUGGGAGUCCAAUCCAGCAGUCCUGAAUUUCAUGAUGAACAAAGGCUUUGGCAGAAAUUUUAAGAAACUACAAUCUUUCUAUAUGCAGAUGGUUUUGGAUAUGAUCUCAGCCAUGAAGAAGAGAUCCAUAGUCUGGCAAGAGGUUUAUGAUGAUGAAGGCAAGCUUAUACCAGGCACAGUAGUUCAAGUGUGGAAAAUGGACGACUUCUAUAACAAACUAGGGAACAUUACAGCAGCUGGCUUCCCUGUGAUCAUUUCUGCUCCUUGGUACUUAGACACAAUCCAUUAUGGGCAAGACUGGAGACAGUACUACUCUGCGGAGCCUCUUAACUUUGCGGGUACUCCGGAACAGAAACAGCUUGUCAUCGGUGGAGAAGCCUGCAUAUGGGGAGAGUAUGUGGAUGCAACUAACCUUACUCCAAGAUUAUGGCCUCGGGCGAGUGCUGUUGGUGAGAGACUCUGGAGUCACCAAGAUGUCACAGACCUAGAGGAUGCCUACAGGAGACUAACAAGACACCGCUGCAGAAUGGUCGGACGAGGAAUAGCUGCACAGCCUCUCUUUACUGGAUAUUGUGAGCAUGAGGGCAGAAUGUAAAAACGAGCUGGAACAGAAGAAAGAUAUCGGAAGAGCCCACAGUCACCCAUACUACAAUCAACCUGAUUUUAAAAAUCAUGUUCUUGAAUAAAAUAUCUUUU